AGUUCGUAACGGAGAUCUCGAGCGCUUCAGACAAAAGCGCACGAGCAUCCGACUAUUGCUCAUUUCUGUUAAAAAUCUAUUACAAAUCUGUUACCAUUCCCAGAGAAUUAUCGGAUCGAUUAAUAGUAUUUUUUUUCUGAUUUAAAGCUGGAUUUGAUGGCGAGCUGAGCUGAUUUGCUGUGCUGAAGAAUAGAGGCUCUCUCUGGAUGUGUUUCAGAAACAAAAGACCUCACUGGAUGCCCGACCAUUGUUAUUAAUAUCAGGAAAACUGUGUAAAGAACUUUCACCCCCUCCAUCAGGAUUUUGAGUUGGAGUCGGGAUAUUGAACAGAAGUCUGUGGUAUGUCAGCAAUAAAGACAGAAGAUGCGGCCAAUGGCAAGAGUGCUGCUAAUGGAGGAGUCGUCGUGUAUGAAGAGGGCGGAGUUACGGUCCUUAGGCCUACAGACCUGUCAGAGAUGUUGGCAGCAGGAACUAAAGAAGUUCACGAAAAGGCGGAAAACACACAGUUUGUCAAAGAUUUUUUGAGGGGACGAAUCCGCAAGGAGCUUUUUAAGCUUGGCCACGUGGCUUUAUACUUCACGUACUCCGCCAUGGAAGAAGAAAUCGAAAGAAAUAAAGAUCACCCUCGGUUCGCUCCGCUCUACUUCCCUAAUGAACUCCACCGGCGUGAUGCUCUGGCGCAGGAUCUGGAGUAUUUCUAUGGUGAAGAUUGGCAAAACCAGAUCAGCUGCUCUCCGGCCACUCAACUCUACGUGGACCGUAUACACCAGAUCGGCCGGGAUGACCCUGUGCUUUUAGUGGCUCACGCUUACACCCGCUACAUGGGCGACCUGUCGGGUGGUCAGGUCCUGAGGAAGGUGGCCCAGCGUGCUAUGAAGCUGCCAACAACGGGAGAAGGGCUGAACUUCUAUGAGUUUGAUGGUAUUCAUAGCGCCAAGGCCUUUAAACAGCUGUAUCGCAGCCGGAUGAAUGAGCUGGAGCUCGACAUGGACACCAAAGAGAAGAUCGUGGAGGAAGCUAACCGAGCCUUUUACUUCAAUAUGGAGGUUUUUGGAGAAUUGGAGGAAGUAGGAAAGACUCUUCAGGAUGAUGUUUUGGAUCCAGCUCCAGUUCAUGGUGACAUGCAGGAAGAUAACAGCCAGUGCCCUUACCACGCUGCCAAAAAGGCUGCCAGCGGAGGAUCUACGUAUAUUUGCCAGAUGGCCAUGAUCGUGCUUAAAAAACCCUCCGCUCAAGUCCUGUUGGCUGCCUGGAUUGCUGCCUUAGCUGGAUUGGCUGCUUGGUACAUCAUGUGACUUCUUGUGACCCAACGAGAGGAGGCAGUGGUCAUAUGUUAAAUAAUUCGCGCUUUAAAAUUGCGACGCAUUCCACACCUUGAACCCUUGAAACAUUUUCCACUUGGUGUGAACCAUUUGCCCUUUUGUCCUCGGGUAAAUGUAUCCUAACUUAUGAAAAUACACUCUUUAAAAGCAGGAUCUCAUAGGUUAGCAUGUUAUUGUGACAGUCAGUGUUUAUGAAAUAUGGAGUUAAUGGUUGAGAGCUGCAGAAAAGGGCGGGAUGUUUUUUUUUGUUUUGUUUUUUGUGGAAGAAUUUUAUCAUAGAAUUAUUAUUUAAUGCAAGAAGUCUUAAGCCUGAAGCAUACUCCACGCAAAUACGUAAACGCAAAUGCGUCUAGCUAACCAAGCUUGAUUUCACAUGUCAUUUCGGUUUGAAAUGUGUCCGAACGCUAUUCGAAUGCGACACAAUCAUCAGUGUUGCCACAAGGGGGUGCUAUAAUAGGAAUUAGUGCAUAAAGUUAUUUUAUUAAUAAAAUUGCCACUUCAUUUAGUGCUUAAUUUAUACAGUUAAUUAUUACGUUUUUCAGGUUCACUGCUGUCAUGACGGAGCAACAGUUUAAAGAGAAUCUUGCUGAGAAAGUUAAAGUUACAUACAUUUAUUAAAUGUAACAUGACAGUAAAAUGUGAUGUAAUCUCUUUAGUAAUCCAAAUACUGUUUGAAAGUAACUGUAUUCUAAUUACAACCAUUUAAAAUGUAACUGUAGUGGAAUACUGUUACUAGUAUUUUGUAUUUUAAAUACGUAACACCGUUACAUGUAAUCCGACACUCCUUAAAAUUAACAUCUGGUUUAAUGGCACAGAUAUUGAAAGGAAACUCAUCUCCCGCUUAGGGACUGAGAUUUGUAGUCGCCAUGGUAAUGCAAGAGCGCACGUUAACGGUAUACAACAGGACUGCACGCGUGCAACUAUAUGCUUUCCUAAAGGUAUAGGUGAUACUACAGGAAGCACUUGGUUGCACGGUCCCAUUUUAAAAGAAGCGCAGUGCAUCUGCUGUUCGGACUACUGAAAUGCCUGUUCACUUAAUUUGCCGGUGAAACAGUUAAUGAAGAAAAGCCUUUAUGAAAAGGUUUUGAAUGUGGAAGAAAGAAGAAUUGCACAUUGAAUAUAUUGAACUAUCACAUCUUGAUUUUAGCACAAUAUUUCUGUCAUUUAGCUUCAUGGAUUACCAGUUAUAUGAACCAGUUUGAGCUGUUUUUACUCUACCGAUAUUGGCUUUAACUGAUGGCGAUACCGAUAUCUAGAGAACCGGAUUAGGCCAAUAGUUGCCUAUAUUUAUAAUACAAUUUACAGACAAAUUUUGAUGGACAUAAAUGUGCUUAAUUUAAAUUAACAACUUAUUUUACGCAAUACUGACUCAAAAGCCGUGGCGAUGUAAAAUGUCAUCAUGGACUGAUUUUACUGAUAUACAUCGAUCAGCCAAAACUUUAAAACCACCUGCCUAAUAUUGUGCAGGUCCCCCUCGUGCCACCAAAACAGUGCCAACACACAUUUCAGAACAGCAGUCUGAGAUUAUAUUCUUCUCGCCACAAUUGUACAGAGGGGUUAUCUGAGUUACCGUAGUGUGUAACUCCCUCACUGGAUGUUUUUUUGUUUUUGGCACCAUUCAGAGAAAAUUCUAGAGACUGUUGUGUGUGCAAAUCCCAACAAUCAUGCCAUGCGAUCAUCUAAUCAGCCAAUCGAGUGGCUGCAGUGCAUAUAAUCAUGCAGAUACGGGUCAGGAGCUUCAGCUAAUGUUCACAUCAACCAUCAGAAUGGGGGAACACAUUUGAUCUCCGCGAUUUGGACCGUGACAUGAAUGCUAUUGUGAGAUGCGGGUUGGCGCGGUUUUGGCCACAACAUUAAAACCACCUGCCUAAAAUUGUGCAGGUCCCCCUCGUGCCACCAAAACAGUGCCAACACACAUCUCAGAACAGCAGUCUGAGAUUAUAUUCUUCUCGCCACAAUUGUACAGAGGGGUUAUCUGAGUUACUGGGUAACUUCUAGAGACUGUUGUGUGUGAAAACCCCAGAAAUACUCAAACCAGCCCGUCUGGCACCAACAAUCAUCCAAUCGUGUGUCAGGAGUGUAAUCUAUAAAAUCAUGCAGAUGCAGGUCAGGAGCUUCAGUUAAUGUUCACAUCAACCAUCAGAAUGGGGGAAAAUAUUUGAUCUCCGCGAUUUGGACCGUGACAUGGGCUGGUUUAUCUCUGAAUGCUAAUCUGAGAUGCAGGUUUGUGCGGUUUUGGCGGCACGAGGGGGACCUACACAAUUUUAGGCAGGUGGUUUUAAUGUUGUGGCUCAUCGGUGUACAUAUAAUACAAAUUAAAAAAAAAAACACAUACAGUAUUUUACUCCUUAUUUACUUGAAAUUCAGUACAAAUAUAUUUGAAAAUGUGUGUAAUGUGUUGACAAGUACCGACUAAGGCACACUUAUUGGGCUGAUGCCGAUUAUCCCAAAAUGACCAAAAAACGUCCGAUUAAUCAGAAUGACCGAUACUUCCGUCUAUAAUUAGUUUCACCAGGGUUCACCCUCUUACAGGGCCUGUUCAACAAUCAUUGGACAUGUAUGAGUGUUUCAAUGGGAUUCAAUCAAGGGAACACAGAAUUCGUGGAACUGCACUGCAAAAAAUAACUUAAUCGCUAUUUUUGUCUGAUAUAUUUAUUUCAGUUGCACAACAUUGCAAAGCUAUUAAGACUAGAUUUAAGGGAAGAUAUUGUUUGUUUUUUAAGCAUUUUAUUUUCUUGUUUAAAGCACAAAUACAAAAUACAGUGAGGUUUUUUUUAGGUUUAUGCGUAAUAAAAUUCACUCAAGAUAUAUUCCCUGUAAACAAGCUUUAGUAUCUUAAAUAAUUUAGUUUUUUAAUUAAACAAGCGUAUAUUGUUUCAAUGAUGAAACAAUAUACGCUUGUUUAAUUAAACAGUAUUGGAGAACAAGAAAAACAGUGAUUUAUAUAUGAAUUAGUUUGUUUGUCUUGUUUUGUUUGGCUGUGUAUAUUCACUAGUUACUAUAGCUAGCAUUUAGGCUAGUCAAGCAAGAGUAACACCGAACGCCACAGCAUGUGCAAUGUUCCCCAAAGCACUGUGAGAUGAUGCAUUGGGACCAUGUGUGUGUGAUUUACUGAGGCGUGUGUAUUUUAAUACACUUCUUUAAUCUAAAAGUAUUAUCUUGGAUGGUCAGAAAGGGUGCACUGAUUUCUAUAUAGUUUUAUAUAAGAACUAAAACAGUCACUUCAUUAUAGUGAUGAACAAUGUUCCUUAAAAGUGUCCCGUGUAAAAGCAGAUCCGGAAUUUGUACUUUCCGUCCAUGGCUUGGUAUAUUUGAACCAAAGGAAAUGACUGAUUACUGUAUUAAAAUGGGCUACGUUUAACAGAUGGCGAUGCAUUUAAAGUGUUCUGCAACUGAAUGUAUUUGAGUGUUAUGUAGGUCAUAUUCAUGUGGGAGAUUAUUUUGCUUCUGAAGUUACUGAAAACUUCAAGAGAAAUUGAGUGAUUUUGAUGUAGUGUUUUUUCCUUUAGUUAAUUUUGAAGCAUUGUCCAUGGUAUUAUAGUCAUUUUAAAACCUGAUAUUUGCUAAAUACUGUUUGAAAUGUUUAUCAUAUCAUGCUCCCUUUAAAAUCUAGUAUGCAAUAAGAAGUAUGCAUUAUUUUUCAGUUCAGGUUCAUUUAAAACAGCUGUCACUUUAAUUAGGAGUAAUACAUUUAUAACUGGCUACAUUCAGUGUGUCAUUUAUUUUUUCUGUUGAAAUACAUUAAA